GUUUGUCUCGUAUCCUAGGUGCUCUGACGUCUCUCUGUUGACUCGCGUUUUCCUCUGAGCUCCCUUUUCACUAUCUCUUCGACUUUCCGCUCCCUCCGGUCUGCUCCGGCGAAGCCCCGCUGAGUCGACGUUUCCUGCUCCUUCCUCACAGAGGUCGCGGUCGUUCUGUGGCGCCUUGACUGUCCUCUCUUCUCCGCGUCUGUCUCCGUUCCUUCUGAUCGGCUGUCUCUCGUCCGCCUCCGUCAAGAUGGCACCUGCGUCCUCCAUCCGAAUUUGUGUGUUGCAACUGCCUGCUCUUCUCCGCCGGGAAUCGGGCCUUUCUCCGGGAGCUCUCUCUCCGUCUCAUUCUCCUCUCUCUCUUUCUUCGAGAGAUUCGCAAGCGGUGUUGGAGAGGAAGCAGCAGCAGAUGGUUAGAGUGAAGGAGGCUUUGACGGCAGCUGUCUCGGCGUAUCGGAAGGCGGCAGGCGUCGCGUCAUCUGCUCAACUGCCGUUUGUGACUGAGUUUCAGCAGACCGCGUUUUCUUCUUCGCCAGCUCCGGCCUCGUCUACGAGCAUUCUGGCGGCGCUUUCGGAGUCUCUUCGCGCAAGCGACGCUCCGACGCUACCCCACGAGAAGCGCGAAGGGAGCGUCGCGCCGCUCUUCGACUUGCUCGUUCUGCCCGAGAUGUGGAGUACGCCGUACCAUGCCUCCUGCUUCUACGCGUUCAGCGAGUCCUUGCCGGCGCCCUGCGGGAGCGCGCAGGUCACAUCGGGAGAGAGCGAAGCUGCGCUUGCGCAGGAGAAGCCGGCAGAGGCCGCGGAGACGCUUGCGCAGCUGUCGCCGUCUUUUGAGUUCAUGAAAGGACUCGCGAAACAGCUCAAAGUCUGCGUUGUCGGUGGGUCGAUCGUGGAGCGGCGGGAGGUGGGCGCAGACGGGAAGGAAGCGGACGAGAACGCCUCAGGAGAGAAGCGAAAAGUCGAGCUGUACAACACCUGCUGCGUCUUCGACCGGAACGGCGCGUUCAUCGCCAAACACAGAAAACUCCACCUCUUCGACAUCAGCAUCUUGAAAGCCGAUGACCCCCGCGGGAAGGGAAUGAUUUUUCGAGAAAGUGAUACCUUGUGCGCCGGGACUUCGUUGACUUCGUUUCCUCUCGCGCCUUUCGGGAACGUCGGCGUCGGCAUUUGCUACGACCUGCGCUUCGCCGAGAUGGCUCUCGCGCUGACGCAGCAGAGACAGUGCAGACUUCUCUGCUACCCUGGAGCCUUCAACAAGACGACUGGUCCGCCCCAUUGGUCUCUGCUUCUUCGAGCUCGCGCCCUUGACAAUCAAGUGUAUGUGAUCGGCUGCUCUCCCGCUGCUCUUCCUCCGUCGGUGUCUGGGGAGGGUGAGUAUCCGGUGUACGGACACAGCACGGUGAUUGGACCUUACGGCGACGUCCUUGCGGAACUGGGAGGCGCCCCAGGAGCGAUUUUUGCCUCUCUUGAGAGACGGCACGUUGACUUGUUUCGCAAGCAGGUUCCAACCAGCGUUCAGAAGCGCUUUGGUGAGGUGUACACGCAGGUGACAGAAGUGCGGGGAAGCGGCUGCAUGCAUCAGCCGCCUGACAAAGAAGUUUAGAUCCGAGAUUCACCUCGCUCUCACUCUUCGGUACUCUCUGAAGGACGGGUAUCCUGCAGACGUCCUUCAAAAGGUCCUGCCCGUGUCGCCGGUGUCAGUGAGUUUCUCGUCACAUCUUUCGACUCUGAAGAAGUCUAAGGGAAUGCGGAAGCCGACUCUGCUUCCGCGUCCGGAUAGAGAGAGCGACGGGCGGCGGCAGCCUUUUCCUUUGCCGGUGAAGACGCCUCAGAAGUCUCGGACUUUAGCGCAAGCACUUGCGUGCGAACGAAGGCGGAUGUGGGCCGACAGUCCAUACGGCGAAACGCGUCGCAAAACGUGUCUGAAGUCUUCACUCAACACCCGAGCUGACGCCAGCCAGACACCGUCUGUAAUGUAGUCUACUUAUUAAAAUAAAUGCAGUCGAGAAACCUGUCCUCAGACGCCUUGCGCUAGCCACGGUUUCGUCGGGGAAAGCCGCAGAGGCAUCCCUUGCUCUCUGUCGAGUUCGAUGAGAGCGAAGUGUUGGAAGUAAUUUCAACAAGUUGAAGUCGCCGCAAAGUCCGCGUCGUUUUACAUCAGCGAGAACAUGACUGCACAUUGGGCGGCGGAUAGAUGGAUGUGUGGAUUGUUCAAGCCGGACAUUGUUGAAAUAUGACGGAAACUGUGCAUCAAAUUAUUUGAAAGAAUGCACCAGCGGAUCUCAGGGGGAAGAUCGAGGACACUCAUUGGGGACGUUUAGAUUUUUCAGAUGCGGGCGACGCUUUUCCAGCUUCGAAAGACAAAUCGACAUGUAGACGAUGUGGCGCUUUCAGAACGUCUCUUAUUACCAGUGUCUUCCUGCUUCGUUUCUAGUGUACGGAUUUGCCAUUUCUUGAAGCGGGGCUUGCGACACAAGUGGUCGUUCGAGAGUGGAAGAGUUCGUGUGUUUUUUCAAAAACGCGGGACCAGACGAUUUUCUCAGUGUCGUUUUAUCAAUGAAAGCAAGUUGCUUGUGGA